AUGACAGAUAUGCAUUUCGUUUACGGAAUGGCUCUGGGUAAGGCUCGGCGAGCACGACGUUUGUAUGGUCAGCAAUUUCCACAACGCCCGACGCCUAAUGUACACACUUUCAUCAACAUUCACGCUCAACUAUGUGAAACAGGCAGUUUCAAGAGAUCCACAGGUGUUCCAGGAAGACCCGUAACUGCAACAACCAUCCAAAUCGAAGAAGUAUAA